GGUGGUUCAUCAGCCGCACUUAAAACUUCGAUAUCUCCGCUCCUGACUCUCUCGUAACGGACUUUUCGAAGUCCCUCUUCACCAUCUCCCACUCAAAACACUCUAUAUCUCCUCCUCAGAUCUCUCCAUUUCUCUCCUUCAAUACGAAACCAAACAAAACACAAUCUCUCUCUCUUUCCGCUCAUUCUUCUCGCAAUUUUCAAAAUGCACUACUCCUCCGUCUCUCUUUCGCUUUCUCAAGCUACCGCAACCGCCGCGUCAGCUGCAAUCACCGGAUCACGCAACUACAAUGCUCGCGAUUCCUUCUCUUUCUCUUCUUCGAAGCAUGUGAAUCCUCGAUUUUGUGGAUUAAGGAGGGAGGCCUUUGGAUUCUCGUCUUCUCUCACUCGCUCCAACUCGCACCGAGUUCACCUUCCGAGUCGACAACGCUUUAACGCAAGUAACGUCUCUGCUUCUCUCUCUGGUAAUGGAACUCCGAAAUCUUUUGACUAUGAUUUGGUUAUCAUUGGAGCUGGUGUCGGAGGCCAUGGAGCUGUGCUGCAUGCUGUAGAGAAGGGACUGAAAACUGCCAUUAUUGAGGGAGAUGUGGUGGGAGGAACAUGUGUUAACAGAGGAUGUGUUCCUUCUAAAGCACUUCUGGCAGUAAGCGGUCGGAUGCGUGAACUUCAGAGUGAGCAUCACAUGAAGGCCCUUGGUCUGCAGGUUGCUGCUGCUGGGUAUGAUAGACAGGGAGUGGCUGAUCACGCAAAUAAUCUGGCUACAAAAAUUCGUAAUAAUUUAACAAAUUCAAUGAAAUCUCUUGGGGUGGACAUAUUGACUGGUGUUGGGACAGUUUUGGGCCCGCAAAAAGUGAAAUAUGGGAAAGUUGGUUCACCUGAGAACAUAGUUACUGCCAAAGAUAUAAUCAUCGCUACUGGUUCUGUCCCAUUUGUACCUAAGGGCAUUGAAGUUGAUGGGAAGACUGUGAUCACAAGUGACCAUGCACUCAAAUUGGAGUCUGUUCCUGACUGGAUUGCAAUUGUAGGAAGUGGCUAUAUUGGACUUGAAUUCAGUGAUGUAUAUACUGCACUUGGAAGUGAGGUUACUUUUAUUGAAGCUCUAGAUCAGCUUAUGCCUGGAUUUGAUCCUGAGAUUGGUAAGCUGGCUCAAAGGGUUCUAAUAAAUCCUCGGAAUAUUGAUUAUCAUACUGGAGUAUUUGCAACAAAGAUUACUCCGGCAAAGGAUGGGAAACCAGUCACUAUUGAGCUUAUUGAUGCAAAGACCAAGGAACCCAAAGAUACAUUGGAGGUGGAUGCGGCAUUAAUUGCAACUGGAAGGGCUCCGUUCACUAAUGGUCUUGGUCUGGAGAAUAUCAAUGUUGUAACACAGCGAGGUUUUAUUCCUGUUGAUGAGCGGAUGCGUGUAAUUGAUGCAAAUGGCAAUUUGGUUCCUCACUUGUUUUGCAUUGGAGAUGCAAAUGGUAAAAUGAUGCUUGCACAUGCGGCCAGUGCACAAGGAAUUUCAGUGGUUGAACAAGUGACUGGAAGAGAUCAUGUACUCAAUCAUUUAAGCAUCCCAGCAGCUUGUUUCACACAUCCUGAAAUUAGUAUGGUUGGAUUGACAGAGCCUCAAGCAAGGGAAAAGGCUGAAAAGGAGGGAUUUGAAGUAAGUGUGGCCAAGACAAGUUUCAAAGCUAACACCAAGGCCCUAGCAGAAAAUGAAGGGGAGGGACUUGCUAAGUUAAUAUACAGACCUGACAAUGGUGAGAUUCUUGGAGUUCAUAUCUUCGGGUUGCACGCUGCAGACCUUAUCCAUGAAGCAUCUAAUGCAAUGGCAUUGGGGACACGUAUUCAGGACAUAAAAUUUGCAGUUCAUGCACAUCCAACUCUGUCUGAAGUUCUUGAUGAACUGUUUAAAUCAGCAAAGGUCAAAGCUGAAGCUUCUAAACCAGUAAGUGAACCAGUUGCAGUCUAAAGCCUUCUCGACGCUUGGAAGUAUUAAUUUUUUGAAGAAAUUUGCUUGUAUUAGGGAGUGUCAGAGAACCGUGCAUCUCCAGGCAGAACUAAUCAAGAAGAAGCCCAGCCUAGCAGAAGAAAUAUCUUUAAGGAAAUUAUGGACUUUGUGGUCAUGGUGUGUUUCGUAGCUGGAUACGCGUUUGUUCUACUUAUUAUUCAUGUGCUAUUAUACAUCGAGUGGCACAGUUAGUAAUUCAAAAGAGGAGAGGCAAAUAUAAAAAAAAAAAAAAAAA